AUGGCACUGACUGAAGAGCAGCUCACACCACGAGCGGCCGGAGGAUCCGACCUAGAGGUGCCAGCAAUCAAGAAGGUCGUGGACCACAAUUCACCAAUGGAGUCGCUGAAACCGCCGCUGCAGCAUGGAAAUGCUGAGACCUUACCAAAAGUCAAUGGCUACUAUUGCAAUCUUGUUCACAAUGAUCCUUACUACAUCCCCAAAGGCGAUCAGCUGGCCUUCACCCCUCGUAAGAUCCGAGUCAUUACUGUCGGUGCCGGGUUCUCCGGCUUACUGAUGGCACACAAGUUUCAGCAUCGCUUCCCGGAAAUGGACACCAUUGUCGACCACACCAUAUUCGAGAAACGUUCCGAGGUUGGCGGCACUUGGAUCGCAAACACCUAUCCCGGGGUCCAAUGUGAUGUUCCUUCUCACAUCUAUGCGUUUCCUUUUGACCCCAAUCCAGAAUGGAGCCGUUUUUACUCGAGCGGAGCCGAGAUUGAGCAAUACAUCGUCCAGACCACCAAAAAGUGGAAUCUAGACCGAGAUAUUGUAUUCAACACCAGGGUUGUAGGGGCGUGGUGGAGCGAAGAGCGUGGCCAGUGGAAGGUCACCGUUGAGAAAGACUGCGAAACCAGGGACGAAUGGACGGAUGUCCUGAUCAACGGACAAGGUGUUCUUGACACCUAUCAGUGGCCCAAUAUCAAGAGUCUCGAAACGUUCAAAGGGCAACGCGUCCACUCGGCCGACUGGGACCACACCUUCGACUACUCGCACAAGCGUAUCGCGGUCAUUGGGAAUGGCUCUUCUGGGGUUCAGAUCGUGCCUCAGAUGGCCAAACUGCCGGGAACCACCGUGACGAACUUUGUCAGAGGCCCAUCGUGGAUCUACUACCGCGUCCCACCAUCUCAACACCUGGGUCGAUCGGGGAAAUCGGGCAAUAACCCUAUUUACACGGAAGACGAUAAGAGGAAAUUCCGAGAAGAUCCUGGAGCAAUGAGAGAGCACCGCAGGGCCAUGAUUGCUAGAACCAACAAAGCCUUUCGUAUGUUCAUCAAAGACUCUGAUGCCAACAAGGAAGCCAUGGCCGUCGCCGAACAGCAGAUGCGAGAGCGUCUGAACCACGACCCCCGCCUGUGCGAAAUACUCAUCCCCAAAUGGUCACUCGGAUGCCGACGCAUCACUCCCGGCGAGGGCUACCUUGAAGCCUUUUCCCUGCCAAACUGCGACAUUACCAACAGCAGCAUCACGCACAUCAGCGAGAAAGCAAUUCAUACUGCCGACGGAAAGGUUCACGAGAUUGACGUCUUGGUCUGCGCCACCGGCUUCGACGUCUCCUUUCGCCCCAACUAUCCUACCGUAGGCCGCAACGGCGUCGACCUCCGCUCAGCCUGGACGCACAAACCAGAAUCCUACUUUUCCGUCGCGGCCAAAGACAUGCCCAACUACUUCACCGUGCUCGGGCCCAACGCUCUCGCGGGCCACGGGUCGCUGCUGGAAGGCAUGAACUGGAACGGCGACUACUUUGUCAAGUGGAUCCGGAAGAUGGCCGAGGAGGACAUUAUGAGCUUCGUGCCCAACACGGCCGUCGUGGACCAGCACGUGCGGUACUCGGACGAGAUCCACAAGUCUCUCGUCUGGACGGCGCCGUGCAAGAGCUGGUACAAGCAGGGCACGACCGACGGGAGGGUCGCGGCCCUCUUCGCGGGAAGCGGCAUGUUGUACAAGCGCAUCAUCGGGGGCGAGUUACGCGUCGAAGAUUUUGACCUCACGUACCGAUCUAAAAAUCGCUUCAAGUUCAUGGGAAACGGCUUUACCGAGCUUGAGUUUGACCCGGACAGCGAUUUGGCUUGGUAUAUUGAGAAGUAA